AUGUGUCCCCGGACCUGCCUCAGCGCUUACACCUGCAUGUGCUACCAGACCUUCCCCAGCGCCUACACCUGCAUGUGUCACCUGACCUUCCCCAGCGCCUACACCUGCACGUGUCCCCGGACCUUCCCCAGCGCCUACACAUGCAUGUGUCUCCGGACCUGCCCCAGCGCCUACACCUGCAUGUGUCCCCGGACCUGCCCCAGUGCUUACACCUGCAUGUGUCACCUGACCUGCCCCAGUGCCUACACCUGCAUGUGUCUCCGGACCUGCCCCAGCGCCUACACCUGCAUGUGUCUCCGGACCUGCCCCAGCGCCUACAUCUGCAUGUGUCACCUGACCUGCCCCAGUGCUUACACCUGCAUGUGUCACACGACCUGCCCCAGCGCCUACACCUGCAUGUGUCCCCGGACCUGCCCCAGCGCCUACACCUGCAUGUGUCACCUGACCUGCCCCAGCGCCUACACCUGCAUGUGUCCCCGGACCUGCCCCAGCGCCUACACCUGCAUGUGUCACCUGACCUGCCCCAGCGCUUACACCUGCAUGUGUCCCCGGACAUGCCCCAGCGCCUACACCUGCAUGUGUCCCCGGACCUGCCCCAGCGCCUAUACUUGCAUGUGUCCCCAACCGUCCCUAGCGCCUAUACUUGCAUGUGUCCCCGGACCUUCCCUAGCGCCUAUACUUGCAUGUGUCACCGGACCUGCCCCAGCGCCUACACCUGCAUGUGUCACCUGA